GGGAAGCAUAUUCCAUUCCUCUCUUUCACACGGACAAUUGUAUUAUACGAAUGAAAAAUGUUCUUGCAUUUACUGCUACCCCUCCGCCCUCGCUACUAUAAAUGCGUUUCAACUUCCUUAACUUUUCAAAAUUGCAGUCGGAAAUAUUUCUCGUUCAAAUAUGCGCAGGAAAGCGAAGCGAAGCUGAGCUUCGCUUAAAAUUCAGAUUUCAUCUUCAUUUCUCGGAUUCUUCUUCGAUCGAUCAAGGCGUUACCACGGCUACAGAAAAAGCUCUCAUCUUCAGUUCUGAUUCCACAAUUAAAUGCAUACGAUGUUCUUGGAAAAUAAGCGCGAAACCGAAGGUCCGAAGUUACAAUCCGGCUUCGUGUCACCAAUCAACUUGAUGAGUGUGGCAGGCAGCCGCCGCUCUAGGUCAGUGUUUGAUCCGUACGCAUCCGACAGUUCGGAUUCCCCGUCUCCGCUGAUGAAGUUCCUGCGCUCUGUUGAUCCGGCGGCCGGAGGUGCCUCCUCGCCGGGAUUCGUCACACCGGUCAAGGUCGAGGAAGAUGUGAUUGUCAUGGAUGGGAUUUCGGUGCCUAAGUCCAACAAAGGAAGCGGUGAAGUCAGAUUGAGAUUACCUUUGAUGUCAUCAAAUUCUGUCAAUUGCAGUUAUGGGAAAUCAAAUUCGACUGGUUCGUCGUCGUCGUCGGGGAGUGGCGGUAGACGCAGCGGCGUUGAAAAUAGCAAAUCCUAUAAGAAUAGGGUGUGCCAUUUCUGGGAGACUUCUGGUAUAUGCCAAUUUGGUUCCGAAUGCCAGUUUGCACACGGCAAAGAGGAGCUGCGCCACCAUCGGUGGUUCCCGGGCAAGAUCAAACUUGAGAUCUCCAAACUGAACAGCAGUAUCGAGGGAUCAAGCCCAAGCCCAACCCCAUCACCACAUGGCUCUAAGUUUCUCCGAAACAGCCAAGUCAAGGCGGCAGCAGCAGCAGGAGAAGAAGCCUUCUCAUUGCCAUCACUAUCAUCGCUAUCACCAAUCCCAGCUAAACUAGUUUCUGGAACUAGCGCUAUCCCAAAUACUGCUCUGCUCAUAUCGGAAUGGACUCCUCAGGUUGAUGGGAUUGAGGCCACUUUGCCUUGUGUGGGAAAGAGUCCACCAAAGGAAGAUGUAAGUGCUUAUAUUGAGAGUAUUCUGUAUGGGGCUAAGACAAAGAAGAGGCUGCCUGUAUUCGUCGAGAUUUGCCCUGACUCUUGCUGAAGGGGGAUCACUGUGUGGUAAAUAUGGCUGCUUUUGCUGAUACAACUGAAUUGGUAAGGAUUUACUGUAAUUACUAGCUACUUACUGAUUUUUCACUGUGAAUGAUUGUGGUUACUGAGUGAUGAUGAGGGAUUUACUGUAAUUACAUUUUUGGCCUUGGAAUAACAAAACUGUUAAUUGGUUGUGCUA